CUAUUUCUAAUGCUAGCCUGUACAAGUUCAGCAAAGUAACUAGCUCCCGCUCAAUUUCACCAAAUCCUUCAAGCUGUUUUCCCGCAUCUUAGCUUUGGCGUCUCCUUUCCGUCGAACAAUGCCCCGUGAGUGAUGAAGAUACUUGAUGCGCCUAAGAUGCCAUGUGGAAUUGACAAUCGCAUAGCGCCCGUAGAAAAUCUCUCCGACGAUGAGUCGACCGGGGAAUCUAUCCCUUACAAUGACGCGAAAGAGGACCAUAAAUCAGACGCCGAAAACCAAGAGGACAAUGAUGACGAGGACGAGGAGGAUGAGGAGGGCGUUUAUAUCGUUGAAGAGAUUCUCGGUCACGACUUCGCAAAGAAUGGCAAUCUCCUCCUACAAGUGAAGUGGAAAGGCUACGAUGACCCUGCAGAUCAGACAAUGGAGCCGGAGGAGAACUUGUUGGAGGGCGCAAAAGAUCUGGUAGAAGAAUACUACCGUACCCAGGGAGGCCGACCUGAAAAGCCCCGGCCAAGGAAACGGAAGCCGAUGACAGGGCCGAAGCAAACGCCAGAAAAGGCCGAACCUAAACGACGACGAAAGUCCCGAGCAGACAAUGCCACCGAAACUCCAGGUGAAGAUGAUACAGAGUUGCCCGAAUGGGUACCCCGGUCGAAGAACUGGGAGAAUGAAGUUCAAAAUAUUGACACAAUCCUACGUGAACCUGGAACUUCGAAUUUAAUUGCGUAUCUUCAUUGGAAAAAUGGGAAGAAGUCUAAGGUUUCACUUGAGACCUGUUAUGAUAAGUGUCCGAAAAAGAUGCUUAAAUUUUAUGAGGAGCAUUUGGUUUUCAAGGAGGCUUGAAUUCGAAUCAAUCUUAUACCGCCCGUCUGCCUCUUUUUUCUCCUUUGUUUUAUGUGCGUGCGCGCGUGUAUACCAUUUCUAGGCUCGGUUUGUAAUUGGUUUAAAACAAGAUCUUUGCCUAUAUCCCUAAGAGGUGAAAGGCAGUAUCUUUGCUAGAUGAUACUGUUGGAUCAGUGCAUAAAUGGGCGUUUCGUUGGUGGUCUCAAUU